UGAAUGGAACCAGGAAUCAGUGUGCUGCACGGAGCAGAGCUAAGGUAUCCUAUAGCUGAGAAAGCAGCACUAGCAGUUGUCACUUUGGCUAGGAAGUUGAGACCAUAUUUCCAGUCACACCCAAUCAUCGUCCUCACAGAUCAACCCCUCCCGCAGAUUCUGCAGAAACCAGAAUGCUCUGGAAGGUUAAUUAAGUGGGCAGUAGAACUGGGGGAAUUUGAGAUCACGUUUCAGCAGAGGUCGGCCAUCCGAGCUCAAGUAUUAGCAGAUUUUGUUGUUGAAUGCACCCCAUGUCCCUCAACCUCUACUUCAAAACCCAAUGAAUGGACCUUAUAUGUUGACGGGGCAUAUAGUAGCAAAGGUUCAGGGGCUGGAGCUCUCUUGAUUGGUCCAGACGGUUAUCGAAGCGAACAUGCUUUGAAGUUCAACUUUGAUGCGACAAAUAAUAUGGCUGAGUAUGAAGCUCCGCUACUUGGCCUACAACUAGCAUUAGAGUUGAAGAUCAGCGCAAUUCAAGUGUACAGUGACUCCCAACUGGUGGUAAACCAGAUCAACUCUAUUUGCGAAGUCGUUGAUCCUGUGAUGGUAAAGUAUGUAGCCUUAGUGGCCGAGCUGAAGUGCAAAUUUCAGAAAUUCUGUCUGAAAGUUUUAGAUGAACCAAGCUUCACAAAGCCUCGAGUGAUGGAGAUUAACACAAAUCCUGACACGCCAAGCUGGACUGAUUCAAUUGUCUCCUUCUUACGAGACGGGAUAGUGCCCGAGGACAGGCAGGAGGCAAUAAAAUUAAGGAAGAAAGCAUCUCGGUAUACACUUGUUAAUGGAGUCCUGUAUAAGAGAUCUUUCUCACUUCCUCUCCUACGGUGUUUAAGUCCCUAUGAAGCUGAAUACGCACUUCGAGAGGUGCAUGAGGGUGUCUGUGGGAGCCAUGUCGGUGCUAGAACUCUGGCUCACAAAGUCUUAAGACAAGGAUACUACUGGCCGAACAUGUACAAAGAUGCCACUUACUUUGUUUCAGAAAUGUCCGAAGUGCCAAUUCUUUGCACAUCUGACUCAUCAACCUGCAGAAGAACUCACAAGCUUGGUAGCACCAUGGCCAUUUGCACAUGGGUUGAAUCUCGGCCUUUAUCUAGUCUUACCUCUAAGAAGGUUGAAGAUUUUGUUUUCAGCUCAAUCAUCUGCAGAUAUGGGAUCCCAAACCAGAUUGUGGCUGAUAAUGGAACUCAAUUCAACUGCUCCUCUUUUCGAGAUUUCUGCUCCAGUUAUGGGAUCAAGUUACAGCUCACCUCCGUUUAUCAUCCAGAAUCCAACGGCAUGGUUGAAUCUGUUAACAAAUGCAUUCUGGAAGGUAUAAAGCCGAGAUUGGAACAGCAUAAGGCCAAAUGGGCAGACGAGCUCCACAACGUCCUCUGGGCAUACAGAACCACGAGCCGAACUGCCACAGGUACUACUUUAAAUCGAGUUUAUUUGAUUAAUUUUUAUAUUAUUUCACUUCUUCUUGAAACACCCUACCACCUGGCCUUUGGUACCGAAGCAGUCAUUCCUGUUGAGAUAGGAGUCCCAAGCUUCCGGGUCACCCAUUUCGAUGAAGGACGAAAUGGACAACUGCUUCGGGAAAACCUUGAUUUGCUUGCUGAAGUCAGAGAAGAAGCUCGGCUUCGAACUCUUGUAUACAAGCAGAAAUUAGCCAACUUCUACAAUAAACGGGUCCGCCCUCGAACAUUCAAAAUAGGAGACCUUGUUCUCAGAAAAGCUGGCCUAACGGGGUUUGAAACUCGUUUUGGCAAACUUGCCCCAAAUUGGGAAGGUCCUUAUGCCGUGGCCAAAGUGCCACAUCCUGGUGCCUAUAUUCUCCAAGACACUGAAGGAAAAAGAGUUCCUAGAAUCUGGAAUGUCAAUAAUUUGAAGAAAUUUUACCCCUGAUGAAAUUUUUCCAAGCAAUCUAUGUUUUACUGUUCUUUAUGUUUCUCACUUCGUGUUUAUUCUAUGUAUUUGAGGUUAAUCAGUUCAUUCACUUCUGUUAAUAAAAGUCACUUCACAUU